AUGCCUGUUACUUUGGAAAAAGUGCACAAGCAGAUUUCGAAGAAGCGCAGCUCCACUAAUGCGCUUCACGAGAACAGUCGCGAUGCUCACCGACUCCGCAAAGCUGGUGCUCGCGACGAUCGAUUGUCCCGCCAUAACGCCACUGUGAACCGUGCAAGACAACCAUACAUUGACCGAAUUGAUUACAUUCAUGAGGCUAUCCAAAACCGUACUGAUGCCUUCACGACCGAAGAGAUUUCCGAUUUCGUCGCUAAGUACAUUGACCGCGAUACCGAGGAGAUCAAACAGCUUGAGUCAGAGCGCCGUAAAGGACGUCCUCCUAGCAAGCGCGAAGAGGCCUUGAAACAGCGGGUGCAAACCGAGGAUCGAGAGUUCUCGACCGGACUGUGGAUGCCCGAUCUGAGCGAUCAAUAUGCAAUGACUGCAAUGAAAACCUGGAAUGGGCACUGGUCGGGUCUCAGUGCGAUUAAGUUCAUGCGGUUCAGAAAAGAUGGAGAGAAACUCCCGUCCACUUUCCCACCUAAGAGCAUGUCAUGA